GUUUUGAGCCUAACUUGUGGCUGUUGGUUUCAUUCCCUCCAGAAAGACACCUGUGGAGAGAUGAAAUGGAUGUCUACAACCAAACUACCAUCACAGAGUUCAUCCUCAGAGGUCUCUCUGACCUCCCAGAGGUACGCUACCCUCUCUUUGUGGUCUUUGCUGCCAUCUAUCAGGUCACCUUGGUGGGAAAUGGGGCGAUUCUCCUAGCCGUUGGAACUAAACAAAAGCUGCACACAGCCAUGUAUUAUUUUUUGGCAAAUCUGUCCCUCUUAGAUAUUUUCUGCCCAUCAGCUACUGUUCCCAACAUGCUCAAGAACCUCUUGACCAAGAAUCAAAGCAUUUCUUUUGUUGGAUGUGCUUUGCAGCUUUUUUUCCUAGUGGCCCUGGCAGGGACUGAGGUCUUCCUUCUUGCUGUCAUGGCUUAUGACCAGUACGUGGCCAUAUGUUUCCCCCUUUCUUACAUCUUCAUCAUGACAAAGGGGCGCUGUGUGAAGCUUACAGCAGGGACGUGGGCAUCAGGAUUUCUCAAUUCUCUUCUGCACAUGGUGUUCACAUUCUGCCUGUCUUUCUGCAAGUCCGAUCAGGUCAACCAGUAUUAUUGUGACAUCCCUCCAGUGGUGGCCCUCUUCUGCUCUUCCACAUAUGUGACAGAAAUGCUUGUCUUAGUUCUAGGAGGUAUCUUGGGCAUCAGUGCCUUCCUGAUCACUGGUAUCUCUUAUAUCUACAUCAUAUCCACCAUCCUAAAGAUUAGGUCGGCUGAAGGGAAGUGCAAAGCCUUCUCCAUAUGUGCUUCUCACCUCCUUGUGGCUUGUUUGUUUUAUGGUACAAUGAUAUUUACCUACAUCUGCCCCUCCUCCAGCCACCACUCCCCAGCCAGAAACAGGCUCAUCUCAAUGCUGUAUGGGGUUAUUACCCCAAUGUUAACCCCCCUCAUCUACAGCCUGAGAAACACGGAGGUAAAAGGAGCACUCAGAAAGGUUUUAUGUCAUAAGGCAUGUUUAAAGCAAGGACGAUAUUACUCAGCAUUCCACUUAAUCUGA